CCUCAGAAAACUUUCUUAAACCACUUACCAACUAUGUAUUGGGUCAAUUCUUCUGGAAUAACAGCAAAAUGGGGAAGGCAAAGAAGGUAAAGGUUUCCAAAGGAGAAACAAGACAUGCAACAAAAGUGGCGUUGGCAGAUCAAAUAGAAGAAGAAAAAACUGUAAAACCGAAAAACCGCAAUAAAAUGAGAAUUCGUAAUGACGACGACGAUAAGUUUGUGGACCCUUCUCUCACAAAACGAAUUUUGUCUCAAGCCAGAUGGCAACAAAUAGAAAUUGAGGAAGAAAGUGGAACUAGGCAGAAGUCAGAAUCUACAAAAGAGCCAUUAGUAAAGCUUAGUGCAAGUGCUGAACUUAGUGAUGCAGAAGAAUCAAGUGAAGAUGAAAGCACUGAUGUCCAAUAUUAUGAAAAUAUUCAAAUAAAUGAAGAAGAUGAACGUGCUAUACAAAUGUUUAUGUCUAAAGAUCCAAUACCUACAAAAACAUUGGCUGAUAUAAUACUGGAAAAGCUGACAGAAAAAAAAACAGAAAUUCAAACUCAAUUUUCAGAUGCAAGUUCUAUCCGUAUGCAAGAAUUGGAUCCACGAAUUAAAGCAAUGUAUGAAGGUGUUAAAGAUGUAUUGGUAAAAUAUCGCAGUGGAAAGUUACCCAAAGCAUUUAAAAUUAUCCCUAGUUUAAGAAAUUGGGAACAAAUAUUAUAUAUCACAGAACCAUCACAAUGGUCAGCUGCAGCUAUGUACCAAGCUACUCGAAUAUUUGCUUCUAAUCUUAAAGAAAAGAUGGCACAAAGGUUUUUUAACUUGGUUUUAUUACCCAGAAUUAGAGAUGACUUAGCAGAAUACAAAAGACUGAAUUUUCAUUUAUAUCAAGCAUUACGAAAAGCAUUAUUUAAACCUGCUGGUUUUAUGAAGGGAUUUUUACUUCCACUAUUAGAAUCUGGAACAUGUACAUUAAGAGAAGCCAUUAUUGUUGGAUCUGUAAUUGCUAAAAAUUCAAUACCAGUUUUACAUUCUUCAGCAGCAAUAUUGAAAAUUGCAGAAAUGGAUUACACUGGAGCUAAUAGCGUUUUUCUUAGGAUAUUUUUAGAUAAAAAAUAUGCUCUUCCAUACAGAGUUAUAGAUGCAGUGGUAUUUCAUUUUCUUAGGUUUGAAAGAGAUCCUAGAGAACUGCCAGUUUUGUGGCAUCAGGCAUUAUUAACUUUCGCACAACGUUAUAAAAGUGACAUUAGUUCUGAACAAAAAGAGGCUCUGUUAAGAUUAUUGAAAAAACAACAUCAUCAUGUAAUUACAAAUGAAAUACGGAGAGAACUGCAACAUGCUAAAUGUAGAGAUGUGGAACUCACAGAAGCCAAACCAGAACCAAUGAUUUGUUAA